UUUUUUUCCACAUUCCAAGAAGGAGGGGCCCACAAAAAGAGAUUGCCCUCAUAGGCCGAACAAGGACCUCCCUCCUCCCUUUUAAAACGCUGACAUCUUACCUGAGUUUACAAAAGAGCCGCACCUCCUCGUUCAUUCACUCGUUUGUCUUCUGUCUUUCGGCUUCAAUUCAAUUGUUUCUUUAGAAAAAAGGCAACUGGACUGGAUGCUCUUUAAGAACUUUCUCAAUUGUUCAUUUUCUGAGCCAAGAAGUGCCAGAAGGGAUUUUGCAGCCGGCUGAUGCAAGAGUUUGUUUUGGGUGGAGAAUGGACGAGCUCCCUGUUAAAGAGAUUAAGGGGAACUUCGAGGUUUUUAUUUUCUAAGGUAUCAGCGUCCAAUCAAGCCUGAAGAAGAAUCACCUUGUGUCACCUCUUUGGGACGGCUAAACACUGAACAAUCAAAGAAACACAAGUACCCUCCUUCCCGUCUUCCUGCCGCCAUCAUGAUGCCAAGAGUUAGAGAACUCAUGGAGCUGCGGAGGGUCCCCACAGAGGCUGAUGAUGAUAGCACCGCCAGCUUGGACGGGCGUUUCAGCUCCAUGGAUGUGGAAAAGUCCACCAUCGCCAGCAGUCAGUAUAUGGACGAUAAUGAAGAUGGGGAAGAAGACAGGUUCUUGUCAAAUGGGCUGAUGAAGAAGAAGAAAUAUGAGGAAGAAGAAUAUCAUCCAGGCCAUGCUUCUUUCGGCAUGUCGGUAUUCAACCUGAGCAAUGCCAUCAUGGGCAGUGGCAUCCUGGGCUUGUCCUACGCCAUGGCCAACACCGGCAUUGUUCUAUUUACAAUCCUCCUCAUCGGCGUGGCCAUCCUCUCCUUGUACUCCGUGCAUCUACUCCUCGUGACAGCAAAAGAAGGAGGAUCUCUGAUAUAUGAGACACUGGGAGAGAGAGCGUUCGGUUGGCCGGGGAAAAUGGCCGCCUUCGGAUCAAUAAUCAUGCAAAACAUUGGAGCCAUGUCCAGCUAUCUCUUCAUUGUGAAGUACGAGUUGCCUGAAGUGAUCCGAGCCUUCCUACGCUUGGAGGAAAACUCAGGUGAAUGGUACCUAAACGGCAACUACCUGGUGGUGUUCGUCUCCAUCGGAAUAAUUCUCCCUUUGUCCCUCCUCAAAAACCUGGGUUAUCUGGGCUACACCAGUGGCUUUUCACUCUCUUGUAUGGUCUUCUUCGUGGUGGUGCUAAUCUACAAAAAGACCCAGCUACCCUGCCCCCUUCCUUUCUUUUAUGGGCCAUCGUCCAACCUCAGUAUGAACGCCUCUGACCUAUCGGGGCUGAAUGCGCUACAUAACAACACGUCACACAUGGACUUCUCAAGGGCUGACGUCACCCCAGCGCUCUCCAGCAGCCAUGACGCCCAUCACACCACGGGAGUCCACUUUGAGCCUCACCCCGACGAUGAGGAGAUGUGCAGGCCCAAAUACUUCAUCUUCAACACCCAGACUGCAUACACUGUGCCCAUCUUGGCCUUUGCAUUUGUCUGCCAUCCUGAAGUGCUGCCUAUCUACAGUGAGCUAAAAGAUCGCAGCCGAAGAAAAAUGCAAAACGUCUCCAACUUGUCAAUCUUAGCCAUGCUCAUCAUGUACAUGCUGUCGGCUCUGUUUGGCUACCUCAUUUUUUAUGAUAAUGUGGAGGCCGAGUUAUUGCACACCUUUACCAAAGUGUACAAGUUUGACACCAUGCUGCUGUUGGUGCGUCUUGCUGUCCUUACUGCCGUCACGCUGACUGUCCCCAUCGUGCUAUUCCCUAUCCGCUCCUCCAUCACAACGCUGCUGUUCAGCGGCCGGGACUUCAGCUGGACCCGCCACCUGCUGAUCGCUGCAUUCAUCCUGGCCUUCAACAAUAUGCUGGUCAUCUUCGUUCCAACCAUCAGGGACAUAUUUGGCUUCAUCGGCGCUUCUGCAGCUACAAUGCUCAUCUUCAUCCUUCCUGCUGCCUUCUACCUCCGCCUGGUUAAGUCGUUACCAUUUAACUCCUGGCAGAAGAUUGCAGCUUUGGUCUUCCUGCUCGUGGGAAUCUUCUUCAUGAUUGGCAGCUUGUCGCUUAUCGCUCUCGACUGGAUCCAUAACCCACCUGGUUCUGGCCACGGCCAUUAAAGUCCCCUCCUUUCCUAUUUUGGAUUUCUAUUUAAGAAAGCAGCAGCCAUUUUUUCCCCCACCUCACCACGACGUCUACCUUUCCUCCCUCCAUUGAAUUAAUCAAGAAAUCUUCAGCGGGAUGUGCUGCAUCCUCAGAACAUUAUCAUCAUUUUUUGCCUUUGUAUUUUGAAAUGUACCACCUUCAGACUUUGAUGCAAGACGCCAUAGUAGACAGUCCGCAAUUGUUACCUUACUGCCAGCUGUGACGACACCGAGCAAAAUCAGUAGACGGCAGCUUUCACCUGAUUGGACCGCAGGGCUGGAGAGAUGAUGGCGUUCCUUGUCUGUUUUUUUUUUUCAAAAUCAAGUAACAUUUAAAAACGGAGUGUGUUGUCACCCAUGAAAAACCAAGCACUUCUUCAGUUAUGUUUCACUUUACGUGGAGAUGCAGUAAACAACCCCACCCGUGUCAAAAUAUGUACACAGAUCAAACAAACCAUGUAUUUUUAAGCUACUAUCCAUGAAAUUGAUCAACAAAGACGGUUAAGCAGUAGUAUAGUGCAUUUAUCAUGGAUGAUCAUUUUUGGCCAGCUGUGCACAAGAAGCAAGGAGGUGCUUUCAGUAUUACUGUCAUACAGAGCUCUAAACAUGGAGGAGAUGGAUGUACAUAAUCACUUGGCAUAAUAUCUCAGAUGACUUUCUAGGGCUCUCUGUUGUUCAGAUUAUGUGAAGAUGAAGUCAUCCUGGAAUAACCUAUCAGGCACUUAAUCUAGGGCUAGACAGCUGGAUGUAGAAUCAUUUGGUGUUACUGUUAUAGCUGGCUUAAUUAGCUGAAAAGAAGCAAAAGGUAACUAGAUUUUUUUUGAUAAAUGGAAUCUGAAAUAGUUGGGGUAAAUAUUUAAAAAAAUUGUUUUAUCCUCAUCAUCUAUUCUCUUUACUUGCUAUGAGUGCAAGGGCCUUGUAUUUUUAAGAUAAUUCUUACUCUUAAUUCAAACUUUUAUCAUACAUGUGAAUGAUGCAUAUAAUGGUAACUUCACAGUUACCUGGUGAAACUAGGCUUGAAACAAGAGCUCAGGAGCAAUCAUUUAAAUACUGGAAAGAAAUACCUUUCGUCCUUCUUUUCUUCUUCUUAUUGCCCCCUAUCAAACUGGUGAAAUCGGUAUAUUUGUGAUUUAAAGCUGUGAUUCAACAAACCCCAAAAUAGUUUAAAUAGCUCAAUUUCAUGCGUGUCAACUUGCAGUUUGUGUUUAUGGAUAUAUAAACAGGUUUGCUUUUAGGGCUGUAUACGGUUUGGAAGUCGGAGCUCAGAUGUGGAAGUCAUGUCAAACCCGAGUAACACCCAAGCAACAGUACUUUACUCUAGCUAGAUCAAUGUGUGUAGUGGCCACAUUGGUUUGAAGCUUUAGGCUGGUGAGAGACCCAAUUCCGGUUUUGGGAUGCAGUUCAGUUUUAUUUUUUCAACUUGGCAGAAUGGAAGAAAUGUAUUAUUUUAGCUUCAGAUUUGAGAUGGUGACUACCACUUUGAAUGGAAUCCCAUGCCCAACAACUGUAUGAAUACACAAUUUGUGUUUGUGCAGUCCAUGAGGCUAAUGUUAACAGAUUCAGAGGGGUAUGCUUAGGUCUUUACUCACAAAACCUUUGUUUAAAAAUUCACUCAGAAACAUUUUUUUUUUCAGAAACAAAACUAAUGAACGACGAUUUUUAGUGAAAGGACUUAAACUUAGCAAUAAUGUCUGUUACUUCCAAUUUCCUUAGUCUUAAGUGCUAAACUAAUCAAUAAGGAUAUGCGCAAUCUCUGUAAUAUCUUGUUCUAGAUGGAAACUUGAUUUUGAGAGGAUUGUCGUUAUGGUAUUCCACGGUAUCCAUACACUGCUAACUUAAUUUUGUCCAUGAUAGCCUCAUUGCCUAAAUUUUCACCUGUACAAAUUUAAAGCCAUUAUUCUUUUAACAGAUUUUGGGAUAUUCUUUAAAUUUUAUAUUGAUAUAAAUAUAUAAUUUGGGAAGUCAUUUAGAUAAGAAAAGCUCUCUCGUGAGAUGCUACAUAUGAAGCCAGUGAUACUCAGCUAGAAAUCAGCUAGCUAUCUACUCACAAAACAAUUUUAUAUUUUUACAAAUUUGCCCUCAAAUUGAUAUUUUUACAAUUAAAAUGUGAUUUUUGUUUUUCAGAACUUUUAAAAUGGAUGUUGGACAUUGCUAAAUUCACAAAUACCUGCUUCCCAAACCGCUAACCUUAAACAUCACACUUACCCAAGCUUGAAGAAAGAGGCUCUUCCCACUUUAGCUAUGCUAGCUUACCAACCACCUCCGGCUGGUUUCUCCAGCUUUGGAUAGCCAUACACUCUUCUCGUCUUCAUUUUUACUAUAAACUGAGUGCGAUAUUUUUUUAUUUAUCUCACAAACAUGUAGUGGCUAUUCUUUAACCGAGAUAUUUUGAAGGCAGUGACAUGUUAAAAAGUAUUUAGUCCACUUCUGUUUUGGCUAACAAAACUGUUCAGUCGCGACGCUAAAGUUGGUUACAAUCAGGUAAAUAAUUCUGUUACAAAUUUAAAUGCCUUUUAACUACACUUUAAACGGAUGCCUUGUAAGUCAUGACAGCAUUUCACAUUUUAAGUGGUGCUUUUUUCAUACUUGUUAUUUCUCUAUAUUUUGGCCUCCAAAACAAGUGCCUUUUGUAAAGUAGCUGAUGACUACAUCAAAAUCUCUCAUUUGUACCGUUACGUGUCAUGAACACACCCUGCCAAAGUUGACAUUUAUAGAUCCUUUCUGGAUCUACAUAAGUGAAGCAAAUAGAUAUUUCAAAUGAAAUAGUGUAUUGUGUGCAUGUUUUUGGAUCACAAACAUGGUCUCUUUUUGGACAAUUGUAUAUGCUGUGUAAAUAAUCUUUAUUUUAUGGUACACUGACAUUCAUUGCUUUUGAGUGGGUUGUGUUGGGAUCGUACUUGAGAAGCCUUUUACAAUCAAGUGUUGUAUUUUUAUUAUACAUGUUAUAUAUAAAUGUGGAUGUGUUAGACUUUUUUCUCUUGCUGUAUGACAGUAGUUUGCUUUUUUUAUGUUAUCAUCUUAUAUGCAUAUUUUCUUGUUUUAGUGUGAGCUUUUUUUUAGGUCCGAAUGCAUUAUGCCAUCUGAACAUUAGUUUUUCCAAAACCAUUAAAAAUAAGGAAGUACAUUUCAGUUACACACCGUGUCCAGCAGCAAAGCUAUGGGAAACCCGAAUCACGGAAGCAAGACGAGAAAUUUUGAUCUCAGGAUAACAAAAUGCACAAGAAUGUUUUAUUCCCAACUGUACUAUGACAAUCGUACAUAGCUAAAAGUCAUAUCUGACUGAGGCUUGCCAUUGGUAUCAGUGCUGCCCUUGUAAUAUCUUAAAGUUGUAUCAUUUUACUUGAAGUAAAGCAGUUGAUAGCCUGAUAACGUCAGCAGGCUUUAAUGUUGAAGAGGUGCCAAUGUUCGAUAUAGAUUUCACAAAUGUUUUUUAACCUUGGAAAAAAGUAAGAUAUUCAUUGCCUCCUUAGGUUGGGUCAUCUUACGGAGAAGUAUAACUACCCACACUACACACUAACCCUCUAAGUAUCUCAGGUCCUUGGUCUGGAUUAAUUUGUUCCCACACUUUUGCGUACACCUUCGAAGAACUUUACCUCAGCCUAUGCUGGAACUAUUGAACGCAUUUUGUGCUGGCGCAGACAAAAAAGCCUCCUUGUGCUUUUCUAAAGCACACACGAGCAAGUGCUAAGAGUGAAUAAAACCUCCUCUGCCCUAUUUUUCUAUGGACCCUCAGGCAUGGAGAAGCACUGGCUCAAUGUUUCUGCUGUUCCCAGUGUCUUUACUCCCUGUGGAUCAGGCUAAACAUUCAGAUUAGUCAUUUACUUAGACACAGGGUUUUUUGUAUCAGUGAUGCUGUUUCAUUACAGUGAACAAUAAAAAUGUGAUAAGAAAAAUA